CCCGCUCCACCUCGGUAGCGCCCGGGUGUCCGAGGGAGCACUAGAGCCGGGCCAUGCAGCUGGGAGAGACGCUGCAGCCAGCGAGAGCUGUGCUGCUGGCCGUGCUGCUGGCCGGGCUCCGGGGCGGGACGGUUCGCCUGCUGAGCGCCUCGGACUUGGACCGCAGAGGAGGCCAGCCAGUCUGCCGGGGAGGAACACAGAGGCCUUGUUAUAAAGUCAUUUACUUCCAUGACACUUUUCGAAGACUGAACUUUGAGGAAGCCAGAGCAGCCUGCUGGAGGGAUGGGGGCCAACUAGUCAGCAUCGAGACUGAAGAUGAACAGAGACUGAUAGAAAAGUUCAUUGAAAACCUCCUGGCGUCUGAUGGCGAUUUCUGGAUUGGGCUCCGGAGGCAUGAGGAGCAGCAAAGCAACAGUACAGCCUGCCAGGACCUUUACACUUGGACUGAUGGCAGCAUUUCAACGUUCCGGAACUGGUAUGUGGAUGAGCCUUCCUGUGGCAGUGAGGUCUGUGUGGUCAUGUACCAUCAGCCAUCAGCACCCACCGGCAUCGGGGGCCCCUAUAUGUUCCAGUGGAAUGACGACCGAUGCAACAUGAAGAACAAUUUCAUUUGCAAAUACUCUGAUGAGGAACCAACAGCUCCUUCCAUGGGGCUGGGAGGCGAAAGAACAGAGCCAGCCACACCCAUAUUUCCAGAAGACAGAGAGAAAGAAGAUGCCAAAGAAACAUUUAAAGAAAACAAAGAAGCUGCCUGGAAUCUUGCCUACAUCCUAAUCCCCUGCAUUCCCCUUCUCCUCCUCCUUGUGGUCGCAGCUGUGUGUUGGGUUUGGAUCUGGAGGAGGAGGAGACGGGCGCAGCCAGGCCCCAGCACAAAGCAGCAGCACACCGCCUGGCCCUCUCCUCAUGCGGGACACAGCCCGGACCUGGAGGUUUACAAAGUCAUCCGGAAACAAAGCGAAGCUGAUUUAGCCGAGACCAGGCCAGAUCUGAAGAACAUUUCAUUCCGAGGGUGUUCGGGGGAAGCGACUCCCGAUGACACGGCCUGUGACUAUGACGACAUGGCUGUGAACACCUCGGAAAGCGGAUUUGUCACUCUGGCGAGCAUAGAGAGUGGCUUUGUGACCAAUGACAUUUACGAGUUCUCUCCAGACCGAAUGGGGAGGAGCAAGGAGUCUGGAUGGGUGGAAAAUGAAAUAUAUGGUUAUUAGGA